CCCGCCACCCCGCCCCUCCGGCCUCCUCCGCUCCCCACCCCUCCGGUCUCGGGCCGGGAGGAGGAUGCAGCGGCGCCCGCGGCCCCAGCCCGGGCAGCGGCACCCGUGGUGGCUGCGGUGGGGGUGGCCGGAACUGGGGUGGUGAAGGAGCGGUAGUGGCGGCGGCCGCCCGGGUCCCUUCCCUUCCUCUUCAGUGCAGCCAGGAAGUUUUCCCUGUCUGUGCAUGUGCGUGUGCGAGUGUGCGUGUGCGUGUGCAAGGUGAGGCCGGACGGCGUUUGUGCAGGCGUGGUGCUUUUUUGCCCAUUCGGCUUCCCGUAAGCCCGGGCGCUCCGGAGGCUGGGCCGCGGCCCGGCGAGGGGGCGCGGCGGCGGGCCCUCGCCUUUUGUUGUUGUUUCCUCCGCCCGCGGAGCCGCAGGGGGACGCGCCUGGGUGGGGCGGCUCGCUGCCGGGGCCUGGUGGCCCCCGGGGCUCCCGGGCGGGCUGGGGCGGCACAGCCCAGCGGGCUUCAACAUGAUGGCGGCCGAGGCCGGCGGUGAGGAAGGCGGCCCGGUGACGGCCGCGGGCUCCGGCGCUUAUCCGGCCGCGUGUCGGGCGAAGGUACCCACGGCCCUGCCCGUGUCCGCAGCCGCCUACCCCGGGCUGGUGGAGGCCGGAGCCGGCGGGACUCUGGGUGGCGGAGCUGAGCUGGGGUCCGGGUUCCUGGGCGCCGGGUGUGCGGCGGGGACCCUGGGGGGCGCCGGGCUGACAGGGGGCGGCGCUGCCGCCUGCCCCCCCGGGGCCGCCGCUGCCGCGGGACCUAGUGGAGAGAUGGCGCUCGCCAGGGCGACGCUGGCGCUGCCCGCCGAGACUCUGGGGCCGGGCGUCGGGUUCCCCCCUCUGCCGCCGCCUCCCCAGUUGCCCCCGUUGGGCGCGGGCCUGGGGACCGUGGAUGAAGGUGACUCUCUGGAUGGACCGGAAUACGAGGAGGAAGAGGUGGCCAUCCCGCUGACCGCGCCUCCGACGAAUCAGUGGUAUCAUGGAAAACUUGAUAGAACUAUAGCAGAAGAACGCCUCAGGCAGGCAGGGAAGUCUGGUAGCUACCUUAUAAGAGAGAGUGAUCGGAGGCCGGGGUCCUUUGUACUUUCAUUUCUUAGCCAGACAAAUGUUGUCAGCCAUUUCAGAAUUAUUGCCAUGUGUGGAGAUUACUACAUUGGUGGAAGACGGUUUUCUUCACUCUCAGACCUAAUAGGUUAUUACAGUCAUGUUUCUUGUUUGCUUAAAGGAGAAAAAUUACUUUAUCCAGUUGCACCUCCAGAGCCAGUAGAAGAUAGAAGGCGUGUUCGAGCCAUUCUGCCUUACACAAAAGUACCGGACACUGACGAAAUAAGUUUUUUAAAAGGAGAUAUGUUCAUUGUUCACAAUGAAUUGGAGGAUGGAUGGAUGUGGGUUACAAAUCUCAGAACUGAUGAACAAGGCCUUAUUGUUGAAGACCUAGUAGAAGAGGUGGGCCGAGAAGAAGAUCCACAUGAAGGCAAAAUAUGGUUCCAUGGGAAGAUUUCCAAACAAGAAGCUUAUAAUUUAUUAAUGACAGUUGGCCAAGUCUGCAGUUUUCUUGUGAGACCCUCAGAUAAUACUCCUGGUGAUUAUUCACUUUAUUUUCGGACCAAUGAAAAUAUUCAGCGAUUUAAAAUAUGUCCAACACCAAAUAACCAAUUUAUGAUGGGAGGCCGGUAUUAUAACAGCAUUGGAGACAUCAUAGAUCAUUAUAGAAAAGAACAGAUUGUGGAAGGGUAUUAUCUUAAGGAACCUGUACCAAUGCAGGAUCAGGAACAAGUGCUCAAUGAUGCUGUAGAUGGCAAGGAAAUCUAUAAUACAAUUCGUCGUAAAACAAAGGAUGCUUUUUAUAAAAAUAUUGUGAAGAAAGGUUAUCUUUUGAAGAAGGGCAAAGGAAAACGUUGGAAAAAUUUGUACUUUAUUUUAGAGGGUAGCGAUGCCCAGCUUAUUUAUUUUGAAAGUGAAAAACGAGCUACAAAACCAAAAGGAUUAAUAGAUCUCAGUGUAUGUUCUGUCUAUGUUGUUCAUGAUAGUCUCUUUGGCAGGCCAAACUGUUUUCAGAUAGUAGUUCAGCACUUUAGUGAAGAACAUUACAUCUUUUACUUUGCAGGAGAAACUCCAGAACAAGCAGAGGAUUGGAUGAAAGGUCUGCAGGCAUUUUGUAAUUUACGGAAAAGCAGUCCAGGGACAUCUAAUAAACGCCUUCGUCAGGUCAGCAGCCUUGUUUUACAUAUCGAAGAAGCCCACAAACUCCCAAUAAAACACUUUACUAACCCAUAUUGUAACAUCUACCUGAAUAGUGUCCAAGUAGCAAAAACUCAUGCAAGAGAAGGGCAAAACCCAGUAUGGUCAGAAGAGUUUGUAUUUGAUGAUCUUCCUCCUGACAUCAAUAGAUUUGAAAUCACUCUUAGUAAUAAAACAAAGAAAAGCAAAGACCCUGAUAUCUUAUUUAUGCGGUGCCAGUUGAGCCGGUUACAGAAAGGGCAUGCCACAGAUGAAUGGUUUCUGCUCAGCUCUCAUAUACCAUUAAAAGGUAUUGAACCAGGAUCCCUGCGUGUUCGAGCACGAUAUUCUAUGGAAAAAAUUAUGCCAGAAGAAGAGUACAGUGAAUUUAAGGAGCUUAUACUGCAAAAGGAACUUCAUGUAGUAUAUGCCUUAUCACACGUAUGUGGACAAGACCGAACACUACUGGCUAGCAUCCUACUGAGGAUUUUUCUUCAUGAAAAGCUUGAAUCAUUGUUGUUAUGUACACUAAAUGACAGAGAAAUAAGCAUGGAAGAUGAAGCCACUACCCUAUUUCGAGCCACAACACUCGCAAGCACCUUGAUGGAGCAGUACAUGAAAGCCACCGCCACACAAUUUGUUCAUCAUGCUUUGAAAGACUCCAUCUUAAAGAUAAUGGAAAGUAAACAGUCUUGUGAGUUAAGUCCAUCGAAGUUAGAAAAAAAUGAAGAUGUGAACACUAAUUUAGCACACUUACUGAACAUACUUUCAGAGCUUGUUGAGAAAAUAUUCAUGGCUUCAGAAAUACUUCCACCGACACUGAGAUAUAUUUAUGGGUGUUUACAGAAAUCUGUUCAGCACAAGUGGCCUACAAAUACCACCAUGAGAACAAGAGUUGUUAGUGGUUUUGUUUUUCUUCGGCUUAUUUGCCCUGCCAUCCUGAAUCCACGGAUGUUUAAUAUCAUUUCAGAUUCCCCAUCUCCUAUUGCUGCAAGAACACUGAUACUAGUGGCUAAAUCUGUACAGAAUUUAGCAAAUCUUGUUGAAUUUGGAGCUAAGGAGCCUUACAUGGAAGGUGUCAAUCCAUUUAUCAAAAGUAACAAACAUCGAAUGAUCAUGUUUUUAGAUGAACUUGGGAAUGUACCUGAACUUCCGGACACUACAGAACAUUCUAGAACUGACUUGUCACGUGAUUUAGCAGCGCUGCAUGAGAUUUGUGUGGCUCAUUCAGAUGAACUUCGAACACUCAGUAAUGAACGUGGUGCACAGCAGCAUGUACUGAAAAAGCUCCUGGCUAUAACAGAACUGCUUCAACAAAAACAAAACCAGUAUACAAAAACAAAUGAUGUCAGGUAGCAGCCUUCAUCCUGGUGUCCUGCAUGGAUUCAGCAUGCCCUACAUUGUAAUUCACGUCAGUAUAAUAUUUCCUUUGCUCUUGCCAAAAAAUAGCACACCUUUCCACAUUCCAGUGAUGUGUGAGCUAUGCAAACAAAACCCAAGAUUUUGCUGGUAAAUACUGUACCAGCAACUUUGUAAGCUAUCUGUGCAGGAUAUUUGCACUUUUUCCACAUGGAAUCUUUACCAAACUCUGAGCCUUGGUGUACAGAUUAACUUUCACA